GCACCCCUACUCGUGCUUAGUAAUCCUACUACGAGAGUGUGAGGUUUGGAUUGUUUCAUACUUCCAUCCUCGACCACCAGCGCGGAACGGUGCGGUACCGCGGAGCGCCAUGAUGUCGUCCACUCCGAAGGGCGGCAGCGUCCACGAUCGCGAUGCCGGGUGUUUUAUGGAACCAUCCGGCGACGUCUUCAUCGACGACGACGACGACGAGGACUCGCCGCCGGCCCCCGGGGUCUCGAUCGCCCAUCGGUCCACCACCUCUGUGAUCCUCACGCAGACGCAGACGCGGACACAAACACAGAAUCAAACACAGACACAGACACAGACACAGACACAAACGCAGAAACACGCGGCUCCCGGCGUCCAUUACCCGCAGUGGCACAACGCGCUCGCGGGCGGAAUCGCGGGCGCCGGGGCCCGUCUGUUCACGGCCCCCCUGGACCUGGUCCGGAUCCGGGCCCAGCUCGAACGCCGGGACGUCUACCCCCGGCCCUCGGUCCUGGGGCGGAUGCGCGGGGUGUAYCGCGCCGAGGGGGGGUUCACCGCCCUCUUCCGCGGGAACCUGGCCGCCUCGUACCUGUGGGUGGGCUACACGACGGUCCAGUUUUCGGUCUACGGAACCACCAAGGACGCCCUGGAGGCCAUCCGCUGCUCCCGCGGCGACGGGCUGGCCGGGGGGGAGGCGGCACCGGUGCCGGCCGGUCUCCUGGCCAAUCCAUCCGCCGUGGCCUUUGUUUCGGGUGCGAUUGCCGGGGUGUGUGCCACAAUGGUCACCUAUCCCUUUGACAUCUGCCGCACCGUCUUUGCCUCCCGGGGAGCUCCGGCGACACAGCAUCAGCCACAGCAUCAGCCACAGCAUCAGCCACAGAAAACACGGGCCGCUCGCACCGGUUCUGCGGCAGCAACCGCAAUCGCGGCCAACAACGCAACAACUACUGCUACCACUGCCAUCCGACCGCCGUCGACCAUCAAGGAAUGUGCCGUGUCCAUGUACCGAAAGGACGGCCUCCGUGGAUUCUAUGCCGGUUCGGCACCCGCGGUGGUCCAAAUCGUCCCCUACAUGGGSCUGAACUUUGCMAUUUACGAUUUCCUCGUGGGAGACGGGACCAACAGCAAGAGCGUCGGGCUGUCCGGGUACGCCGGAUCCAUCAGCGGGGCCGUUUCCAAGGUAGCGGUCUACCCCAUGGACACGAUCAAGAAACGGAUCCAGAUCCAGUCGGUCUUUGGGACGGCGUGUUCGCAGCCCGGAGGCGUGGUCUACAGCGGGAUCGGGGAUUGCUUCGCCACCACCGUCCGCACGGAGGGGGUCCGCGGCCUCUACCGCGGGCUCUUUCCCUCGGUCCUCAAAACCACCCUGGGCAGCGGUCUUUCCUUUGCCUUCUUUCGGACCACCAAGAAUCUGCUGGAGAACGUCCACGACUACCAACACUGAGCGGACCGKCCUKGGUCGAMCYKGAACACCGAUCGCCGGCUGGAAACCGGCGACUGCGUGCCCACUUCGUGUAGUUGUCGUGCGAACCCACCUGGGGGUCGGGCCAACCACUCGGCACGGCAUCGGUCCUUGGUUUUGGUGGCCGACGACGGGCAACCGCCGUAGCUCCUCCCUCCCGGAUGGAUCCACCACGUGGGUCGAUCCACGGAGUCCGUCGCGCCGGCAUUGCCCGUUGUGUGCUACAGCAACAACACACGGCGACUGGCCGGUGUUGCGGCGCUCGGUCCGGAGGGUCGGCGCCCCGCGGCCUUCCUUUCUCGGUCGGGACGAGGGACGGAAGGGAUCGCCUCCGUGUUGCGUUGCUAUCGCUGUGGCGUGAACGAUGGCCACGUGUUUCGAAGGGAACGCCGGUCCGGUCCACCGACCACCGAACAAAGCACCCGGAGCAGCAGCAGCAGCAGCAGCAGCACGGGUCUCUGGCAAGCGCACCGUCUCGGAUACUCACGCCCGCCACUCAAUCGGGUUCAUUGCCACGGAAAUCACUCCGAAUGCAUUUGCCGUGCACCUACAAUGGAUUGAUUGCUACCGAUUACGGUUCGUGAGGAAAAUAUUAUAAUAUCGAAUCGCCAGCAUCGUUUGAUAGCAGUUCUCAAUGGCAAGCUUUCUCUCGGGGAACAAUUAUUGUCCACCUUGAAAAUUCCCUGCAWUCAUUCUAACAUCAGUCAACCAAGAACAGCARCGUUUUGAUGCUUCUCAUCGAGCUGAAUGCCGAAGAAUCUGUUUUCCAAGAACUGAAAAGUUGUUCGAUGUGACAGAAUUGUGGAAUAAGAGUGUCUUCAAAGACGCCAAAGAAUUGUUGGGUGUAGCAGUAUAAYUAGUUAGA